AUGUCGCUGCCCUUGACGAAACUCGGCUGCCUGUGGUGUUUCGCUUCGAUCCUUAAUGUUUUUCUCUCAUGUUGUGCAUUGUUCUCCCCCUAUUGGAUACGCGGACAGAUAUUCAACAACACAAUAGUUCAUCUUGGAUUACUCAGGAGGUGCAAUUAUCCGGUUCUACUGGAGAAUCAAAGAUUAGACAUCGUUUUGGAAUGUGGACGCUACGCCGAUUUGACCGCGCUCCCGUCGAUCUGGUGGCGGGCCGGAAUUCUCUUGGCGGUCGUAUCAUGUGCAGUGGCCCUAUUCGUGACUUUCAUCAUCGGCUUGUGGUGUGCGAUCGACAAUAGUGUUAGUCGUAUCACCGCGCGCUUCAUUGGCGCCCUGCAGGCGAUCGGAGGAAUCGCCCAACUCGGCUCUCUGUUUUGCUACGGAAUGGGUUUCGACAACGGGGAAGUCCGGGAAGCUUGUGGGGAUCAGAGUGCUCCAUUUCGACUGGGACCGAAGUGCGUCCUGUUUUGGGCUUUCUAUAUCGCUGUGGCAAGCGGUUUGUUGGGAGUGGCAUCGCCUGUUUUGUCCUGGUGGGCCUGUGACAUCGAGUACGCCUACCUCUACCGGAUAUCAACAAAAAAAGACCACCUUCUAAGACCUGCCAGGACGUCGUUAAGAGCUUGGGCCGCUGCAAGCUUAUGA